UUACAUGUUUUAAAACUAAUUGAAAAUUUAUAUAAAUAGAAACAACUAAAGAAACUUGGUGUCAGUUUGUAUUUCUUUAACAUGAAGUUACUAGCUAUAUUUCUGUUUGCCGGUGUGGUUGUAUCUGUUGUAUUGGCGAUAAAAAAAACAUCAACUACAGAAGCAACGACAACAGAAGCAAAGACCACUGAAAAGUCUACAUCAACAGCAAAAACCACAACAGAAAAGUGUAAGGAACAUCAUGGCUAUCCCCAUCAUGGAGGACAUGGAGGUCAUACACAUGAAGGUUAUCCUCAUGGAGGUUAUCCACCAGGAGGUUAUCCACAUGGAGGUUUUCCCCAUGGAGGUGGUGGAGGUUACAGACCUGGCGGACCAGGUGGAAGGUGGUGAUAUGAAAUAUUGAUGAUAUCUGGACGUACUUAAUAAAAUUAUUCAACUAAG